UUCAAUAUUCAAUUCAAAUAUAACCUACAAUUUCCAAUGAAAUGCGGAAAUUUAAUUUUAAUAUAAUAUUUAUUUGAUUAAAACAUGGCUGGAAAGAGUGAGGAUGAUUUUUGGAAUACAAGUUCAUCUUUAGGAUUUAAUUUUGAUGACGAUGAGGAUACAAGUGAACCAUUUAGCGAAUCUGUGUUCAACUCGCCUACUGAGGAAAGCAGCGUUGUUCCCAUAUUUUCAAUUAUCUCCAAAAACUGUUUAGAUUUAGUACUAGACGAUAUUAAGUCAGUAAAUGAAUAUGUGACGCCACCUGUUGAAGAAAUUAUUAAAAAAAUAUUUAAUGGUCAAAAAUACUCGUUAGAAGUUUACAAAAAGUUCGAUGAGAAAUUACUGCUACUUGAUUCAGCCCUAGACACUAUGGAUGGAAAUAUAAUACUCAAAGUAAUUCUAUUUCUAAAAUCGACACUCAAACGGAACAUAUUUUCUCACCAGUUAUCUAAAAGAAAAGUAGCGGUGAAAUAUUAUGCCGAUUAUUUAAUAGUUACUAACCAAUUUGGAGAACUGACCGAUAUUUAUAUGGCGACGGGAAACAGUGGGCACAUGAAACAAUUAUAUUAUUUAAUUGGACGAGACGUUAGCUGCAAAGACACUCUAUAUAAGCGGCUGGAUCAAUUUAUGAAUGAACACAUGCCUAAAUUAGACCACGAAGACAAGAAAGAAUUGUUCGAAAAUAUGCAGUUACUUCAUUGGCAAACGAAAACAAAACAGACGGCAAAUUCGGUUAUAGAACAGUUGGCUGCUUGGUGCAGGAGGGAAUGGGAAGGAAAUAUUAACUCGAUGGCUCCGGUCAUGGAUUUUAAGCAAAAAUUUAAAGUAGACGACUUUGCAUUUGAAUGGACACUAAUGAAUGUUAUGGCGUCUAUGCAGAUGUGGCCACAACUUGCCGCUUUGUUCAUAAAGCCCAAUUGGUUAACCAAAAAAGACGCUCUCAAAACGGUGAUGACUCCGGAAGUUUUUGUGUAUGGUCUAAGCAGGCAUAAGCCGCCGAAAGAGGUUUUGGAGCAGUACUUACAUUACAUUUCCGAUUCAGAUAGGAGUAUGAAUUUAGCUCAGAAGUUAAAUUGUCACAAAUUUAUCGUUCAACAUUACAUUAACCAACGUGAUAGAUUAGCCCUUGUCGGUUAUAAAGGGAAGUUAGCUCCUCAAACUGAGGAAUAUUUCAUGGUAGAGCAUGCGUUACAGUCUGCGGAUAAAAAGUGGAAAAACUAAUUGUGAUAUCUUAGGGUCCAUCCAUGACAGAAUACGAGAUUUUAAGUUGAUAUAACUAGACGUACGAUAUUUAGAGUGUAUUUUUGAUGAUUUUUUAAUAUUUUUAUAUCCACCUGUUUAAUAAACAAAAUACAUUAUAAA